UCAGCAGCUAUUCUUCCUCUCAGGGCUCUGGGUCCCCCUGAUGCUGAUGGAAAUCAGCCCCUUCAAUAUUGGCCCUUUUCUACUAGUGAUUUAUACAAUUGGAGGACCCAGAACGCCCCAUUUUCAGAGAGACCUAAAGAGCUUAUUAAUUUGUUAGAAACUGUUCUGUUUACUCAUCAACCUACAUGGGACGAUUGUCAGCAGCUACUCCAGAUAUUAUUCACCACAGAAGAAAGAGAAAGGAUCCAGCUAGAGGCGCGGAAACUGGUGCCAGGAGAUAAUGGGCAACCCACGGCUAACCCUGUGACGAUUGACUCCUCCUUGCCUUUAUCUAGGCCAGAGUGGGACUAUAACACGGAGGAAGGUAAGGAGCGGCUCCGGGUCUACCGCCAGACUCUGUUGGGGGGUCUCAAAGCGGCCGCUCGCAGGCCCACUAAUUUGGCUAGAGUAGGUAACAUACAGCAAGAGAGAGAAGAGAGUCCUACGGAGUUCCUGGAGAGACUGAUGGAUGCAUUCCGUCAGUACACUCCCAUGGACCCUGAGGCAGAAGAUACUAGAUCAGCCUUAAUGAUGCAUUUUAUUAAUCAGUCAGCCCCAGACAUAAAAAAAAAGUUACAGGAGAUAGAUAGAUUAGUUGAAAAAUCUAUUCAGGAUCUGGUGGCAGUGGCAGAAAAAGUUUAUAAUAACCGAGAGACACCUGAAGAGAAGCUUAGAGCUGCCGACCGACAGACCCAAAAUAUGGCUCGCAUUCUCCUGGCAGCCACCAGCACCCAACCUAACGAACGAGAAAAGAGAUUGAGACAACUGGCAGCAGGUAAGCCAAAACCCAACCCCCAAGAAAAACCCAAGUUAGGACAGAACCAGUGUGCAUAUUGUAAGAAAGAAGGACAUUGGGCUAAAGAUUGCCCUAAAAAGUUCAGACAGGGAGCCAAUGUUUUGGCUCUAGGAGACCUGAGCGACUAGGGGAGAUGGGGCCGGGAACCCCUCCCCGAGCCCAGGGUAACCUUAAAAGUGGAGGGGACCCCAAUUGAGUUUUUAGUGGAUACUGGGGCUGAACAUUCUGUCCUGCUUGACCCACGGGGAAAACUCUCUUCAAAGACUUCAUGGGUGCAAGGGGCCACUGGUAUGAAAAAAUAUUCAUGGACUACCCGAAGAAACCUAGAUCUGAGCACGGGCCGGGUAUCCCACUCUUUCAUGGUCAUACCAGACUGCCUCUACCCACUGUUGGGGCGAGACUUGCUGACCAAAAUAGGAGCCCAAAUCCAUUUCUCACCUGAAGGGGUAAAUGUUACGGACCCGGCCGGCAGGCCGGUACAAGUUCUAACCAUGCAAUUAGAUGAUGAGUACAGAUUACACCAAGGCUCCCUCAAAGUAGCCCUUGAGACUGAUAUGCAACAGUGGCUUAAUGAAUACCCACAAGCCUGGGCAGAAACCGGAGGUCCAGGCUUGGCCAAACAUCGGCCCCCAAUUUAUAUUGAACUAAAACCAGGAGCAGAGGCCGUCAGAGUCAAGCAAUAUCAGGUGCCACAAGAGGCACAAAGAGGUAUUCGCCCUCACAUACGCAGGCUGUUGGCUCAGGGCAUCCUACACCCAUGCCAAUCCAACUGGAAUACCCCCCUUCUCCCGGUCAGAAAGCCGGUAUCCAAUGACUACAGGCCAAUGCAGGAUUUGAGACAAGUUAACCAAAUGGUGAUGGACAUCCACCCCACAGUACCAAACCCCUACACUCUUUUGAGCUCCUUGAACCCCAGUCACCAGUGGUAUACAGUACUGGACUUAAAAGAUGCUUUUUUUAGCUUCCCCCUGGCACCCAAAAGCCAGAAUAUUUUCGCCUUCGAAUGGUCAGAUCCAGAAGAAGGCAUUCACGGGCAAUUAACUUGGACGAGACUGCCACAAGGAUUCAAGAACUUGCCCACGAUCUUCGACGAAGCCUUACAUGAGGACCUGGGUGAGUACUGUAUCCAACACCCAUGGGUUACCUUGCUACAGUAUGUAGACGACAUUUUGUUGGCCACAGAAUCCCAACAAACCUGUCUGGAGGCAACCAGAGACUUGUUGUAUACUUUAGGUGAGUUGGGAUAUCGGGCCUCCGCAAAGAAAGCACAAAUUGGCAGACAAGAGGUUCAUUACCUGGGAUACAUAUUAAAAGAAGGGCAGCGGUGGCUGUCCAGAGCUAGGAAAGGGACUGUGUUAAAGAUCCCUAAGCCCCAGAGUCAACACGGAGUUAGAGAAUUUCUGGGGUCCGCUGGAUUCUGUAGAUUAUGGAUCCCAGGUUUUGCUGAAAUGUCAAGACCACUAUACCAGGCAACAAAGGAGACUAUAUAAUUUGCUUGGACAGAAGAAAUGGAUAAAGCCUUCCAGGACAUUAAGGCAGCCCUCCUGUCAGCCCCUGCCCUCGGUCUGCCUGACAUCACUAAGCCCUUCCUUCUCUAUGUAGAUGAGAGCAGAGGGGUAGCCAAAAGGGUGUUACUCCAGAAACUGGGACCUUGGAAAAGGCCAGUGGCUUAUCUCAAAAAACUGGACCCAGUGGCUAGUGGUUGGCCUCCCUGUUUGCCUAUGGUGGCUGCUGUGGCCUUGUUAGUAAAAGACGCUGGCAAAUUAACCCUGGGACAAGAACUGCAAAUAACAACCCCUCAUGCCAUAGAGGGUAUAUUGAGACAACCUCCAGAUUGAUGGAUCAGUAAUGCUAGACUGAUCCAUUACCAGAGACUACUACUAAACCCUAACAAGAUCAUUUUUCAGCUGCCAACUACCCUGAACCCAGCCUCACUCCUGCCGGAUCCAGACCUGGACGCUCCACUACAUGACUGUGCUGACAUCCUGGCUCAGGUAUGUGGGGUCCGAGCUGAUCUGAAAGAUGUUCCCCUUCCGGAUACUAAACUGACCUGGUACACGGAUGGGAGCAGCUUCGUACAGAAUGGACAGAGGUAUGUGGGUGUGGCUGUGACCACAGAGACAGAAGUCAUAUGGGCUGCCCCUCUGGCCCAUGGGACAUCGGCCCAAAAAGCUGAGCUUAUAGCAUUGACUGAAGCCCUCAAAAGAGGUAGAGAAAAAAACCUGACCGUUUAUACUGACAGCAGAUACGCCUUUGCCACAGCACACAUACACGGGGCCAUCUAUAGAGAGAGGGGGCUCCUGAUGGCUGAAGGAAAAACUAUAAAAAAUAAAGAGACAAUUCUUGAGCUUCUACAGGCCCUCUGGCUGCCCAAGAAACUGGCCAUAGUCCACUGCCCAGGCCACCAAAGAGGUGACUCCCCCGUGGCAAGGGGCAAUUGACUGGCUGAUCUUUCGGCCAAGGAGGCUGCUCUAGCAUCUGUUACCCCAGUUUUGGCAACUCGACUCCCUGACCCAGGGACCACGACUCUACCCGAUAACCCCGAUUACAGUGAAACAGAUAUAAAAUGGAUUAACUCCUUACCUAUGACUCAAUUUGAAAAUGGUUGGUGGAAAGACGUUAAGUCAACGCCUAUCCUACCUGAAAAACUGGGGACAGAACUGCUCUGGAAAAUUCAUAAUGCAACCCAUUUAGGGGCAAGAAAAAUGCAGGACCUCGUUAAAACUGCAAAGAUUGUUAUCAAAGACUACCGGGCAAAAAUAAAAAACAUUGUCUCAGACUGUAAGGCUUGCCUGCUAACUAACCCAACAAAGACUUCAGGAGCAACCAAAGGAGCCAGAGAAAGGGGAACCCGCCCUGGAGCCUACUGGGAAGUGGACUUUACUGAGGUAAAACCGGGACAAUACGGAUAUAAAUACCUGCUGGUCUUCAUUGAUACUUUUUCCGGAUGGGUAGAGGCCUACCCAACGAAAAAAGAGACCGCCCAGGUAGUAACAAAAAAACUCUUAGAAGAGAUCCUGCAGCGUUUCGGAUUCCCUACACAGGUAGGUUCCGAUAGUCCCACCUUUGUCUCCAAGGUAAGUCAGGGGCUGGCGGUGGUUCUGGGGACAAAUUAGAAAUUACGUUGUGCCUAUUGACCCCAGAGUUCAGGACAAGUUGAAAAAAUGAACAGAACCUUAAAAGAGACCUUGACCAAAUUAACCCUAGAGACUGGCGGGGACUGGGUGGCCCUCCUUCCUUUUGCCUUGUUCCGGGUACGGAACUCACCUUACAUGUUGGGGCUAACACCCUUUGAAAUUAUGUUCGGGAGACCUCCCCCUAUUGUACCUAGUUGAAAGACUGAUUUAAUUGCCAUCUUGCCUGUUGAUGCUCUGUUUUCCUCUCUCCGACUCCUCCAACGGGUGCACGAGGACAUUUGGAAACGGCUAGAAGCCCUACACCUCACCAAGCCACCGCCAGAACCUCAUCGUUUCCAACCAGGAGAUUGGGUCUAUGUGCGAAGACACCGCUCAGACACCCUCAAGCCACGCUGGAAAGGACCCUACUCCAUCAUCUUGGUCACCCCAACGGCCCUCAAAGUAGACGGUAUAUCGACGUGGGUCUAUUUCUCGCAUGUGAGGCCUGCUGAUCCUUUCACCGACAUCCACGAGGUUCUGCCACAAUAGAGAGUUUCCAGGCAUUCUGACAAUCCACUCAAGUUAAAACUUCAGAAAUGCCCCAGAGAAGUAUCUCCUUCUUAAGGUACUUUGUGCUCUGGGCAGCCAUCCAAGGGCUUACCUCAGCCAAUCCCCAUCAUCCAGUGGACAUGAUUUGGAUGGUCUACAACCCUGAG